GACUUGUUUCAUUGAUUCUUGAAGAGAUCGAGCUUCUUUUGCACCACAAGGUCGAGGAUGUCUUGCAACUGCGGAUCAAGCUGCGGCUGCGGCUCAAGCUGCAAGUGCGGCAAGAAGUACCCUGACCUGGAGGAGACGAGCACCGCCGCGCAGGCCACCGUCGUCCUCGGCGUGGCCCCGGAGAAGAAGGCCGCGCCCGAGUUCGUCGAGGCCGCGGCGGAGUCCGGCGAGGCCGCCCACGGCUGCAGCUGCGGUGGCAACUGCAAGUGCGACCCCUGCAACUGCUGAUCACAUCGAUCGACGACCAUGGAUAUGAUUAUUAUCUAUCUAGCUUGUGGUGGUGGUUGAACAAUAAUAAGCGAGGCCGAGCUGGCUGCCAUACAUAGGUAUUGUGUGGUGUGUGUGAGAGAGAGAGAAACAGAGUUCUUCAGUUUGCUAUCUCUCUCUGCAUGUUUGGCGUCAGUCUUUGUGCUCAUGUACGUACGUGUGUCUACCUGCAUGUUGGUUGAUCCGAUUGCAUCUGCUGUAACCAUAUAUUAAUUGGUCCACGAUGAUAUGAUUUGAUACUAUAUAUAU